AUGGUACCCCUUAUUGCAGCUUUUGUUGUUUUGCUGGCCGUUCUAGUGUCGCGCUGCAUCCUCCCUCCAUCGGCGUCGACACGAGGCCCAAUUCCCGCAGUCCCAUUUUGGAUGUCACUUUAUGAUGCCUGCCGGGGUGUCAAUAGGCUCCGAUUCUUCGAGACUCGCGUCCAGCCUUUGAUCAAGCAACAUGGAGCAGUAUAUGUCUGGAGCUCGGGACAUUGGUCCGUCGUUAUAACCAAGCCGGAGUAUCUUUUGCACAUGUUCCGCAAUGAAAGUAUCGUCUCCAAAGGCGGGUUCUACAAAAAGGCUCCCGGGAGCUCGUUCGCGGCCCUGUUUGGUGAGAAUAUCAUUGACUCCAGCGGACCUACAUGGGCCCAUUUUGCCACAAUCAUCAAACCCGCGAUCCGAAAGCCGAAAGAUAUCCAGUCACUGCGUGAGAAGUCGUCCCAACUUGCGGAAUUGCUCUUGAAUGCUCAGGCACUGGCACCUUCCGGACGAGGAGUGGCGAUAGACCGGCCCAUACAGCGCUGGGCGGUGGAUAUCUAUGGCGUAGCGUUCCUCGAUUCGGAUAUAGGAUGCUUGCGCGACCCAACAAGCUCGCUGGAGAUUGCUCUUGCGGAGAUGAAAGAGAACUUUCCUAGCAUUUUAUUUCUGGAAUUUCCAUUCCUCCAGAAAUUUCCAUUCCUCUUUCCCUGGUGUCGCCGCGCACUCUCCUCCAUCCAUAAGUUCGAAGACCUUCUGGUCGCGCACAUUGACGAAUGGACUAGAGCACGAGGCGGUCGAGAGGAGAAGGGAAAGCUCGUACACCGUCUGCUUCGAGCACGGGAAAACCUCGAAAUAUCGGAGUUUCACUACCGCUCCAAUCUUAAAAUGCUCAUAACGGCGGGUCAUGAGAACGCAUACGCCGUGUUACUGUCUGCGCUGUGGGAGCUCGCCCUGAACCCGUCAGUCCAGAAUAGUCUCCGGCACGAGAUAUCCAGACUUCCAUCGGACUAUACUGUUGACGAUUUGGAUCAGCUGCCGUAUCUCACAGCUGUCGUUUAUGAAGUCCUCCGUUUGUACCCGCCACUCCACCAGUUGGUAAAUCGGAUGACCGUCGAAGACUUUACAAUGGACACGGGGAUCCGCAUUCCGAAGGGGACCUGGAUGGGAUGGAAUGCCUAUGGCGUGCAAACCAACCCAGAAAUCUGGGGCAAGGACGCGAAGGAGUUUCAACCUUCACGUUGGGGCGAUGAUACAACUACCGUUAACAACCUAAUCCGUCUCUCACAGUCGAAGGGGCACUUCAUCGCAUUCAGUGCGUACUCCCGCCGCUGCCUCGGAAGCGGAUUUGCCCUCACGCAGCUCAAGGUAGCCCUCGUGGAGAUCCUUCGCAAGGCGUCAUGGGCGAAUGAUUCAACUUAUCAUUUCGCUGCCACCUCGGUAUGUUGA